AAUGUAAACUCUAGAAAUGUACUUAUAUAUUUCCUGUUGAUUUUGACAUGUAGAAACAAUGCAUGUACCUUCUUAGACAGCAUGCAGAAUCAAAAUCACCUAUUUAUGGCUUCUAAAAAAUUGUUUCUCAAAGAAGAGUCUUUUAUCAGUGAUUGAUGAAAACAACAACAAAAGAAAAGAAAAAUGUCUCAGUUUGCUUAUCAUGCAUUUCUGAGUCUAGCAACAAGGAUGGACAAGUCCUUUGGAAAUCAUCUUCAUUCAGCUUUAUCAAAUGUUGGUAUUAGCGCAUUCAGUGUUGAAUCCUUAAGACUCUUUCAGUUGGUAUGACUUUGCACAAGACCACCCUUUAAAAGAGUUCGAAGGAGCUCUCAACAGAUGCAAUACAGCAUUGUGGUGGGCUUCCGUUAGCCCUCUAUGAUUUGCGUUCUUUUCUUUCACGGAGAGAUAUGGAAAUUAUAUGGAGAAGUAAACUGCAGAAAUCGGAAGCAAUCCCUCAUAGCAAAGUUCAAAAGAAUCUUGAGAUAAGCUACAAGUCUCUAGAUGAUCAUGACCAGAGGUUGUUCCUCCUUAUUGCUUCAUUUUUUGUUGGGAAGGACAGAGAUUAUGUUAUCACAUCUUAGAGGACCGCGAUUUGCACCCAACGGUUGGAAAUCAGAACCUCAUUGACAGAUCCCUCAUCAGCAUUGAUGACGAAAACAAAGUGAUGAUGCCUCCACUUAUUCAGGACAUGGGGAAAGAAAUUGUUCGUCGAGAAUCACCGGAUGAUCCCGAGAGAUUGUGUAACUUGUUGAACCAAUGGGGUCUGUCAAAUUACUUGACCGAAAACAAUGAGAGUGAUGCAGAUGGAGGAGAACUCCCAAGUGCACAUCUGCCGGAAGAUGGUCUUGUUCCAGCAGUUGGUCCUAAUGUUGCAAAAAGACCAUAUUAUCAAGGUUUUCCAGAAAUAGCCAUUCUGCCAUACCUCGGUCAUUCGUUGAAAAGGCGCUUUGUAGGACUUCUUUCGACGUUCCCAAUAUCUGGUGGCAUCAAAAGAUUCUUCCCAUGAAGAUGCCUUCUUUCUUUUGGAGAAACCAACAUUGUUCUGCUUAAUCACGUUGAGGUAGAAGGUAUACUAGAGUGUUGUGAGAGUCAGGAUUCACUCAGAGUUAUUUCCUGAUAAUAUCUGAGCGACAUUCUGUGUUAGUCGCACAAAUUUGUAAGUUAUAGAGUUGCAUUCGGUCCUGUUCUUUUUUUAUCAGCUUCAGCUCGGCGAUGGUGUAAAUUAUGUUUCAUUAACUUAUUGUACAGUCAUAAGGUCAUUUCUUGCUAGCUGCAUAGUUUCACUAAACAUGUAACCUUUAACCAUUCUCUCCAAAAAUGUCUAAAGUUUUACCUCAUUCAUAUUUCUGAUUAAACAGCAGAACAUUACCUUUCAUGUACUCUCAAGAGUAUUUUCCAUUUUAUAGGUGGAAUAAGCUUCUGAAUGAAUGGUGCUCUUGAGCUUCAAGCCAUAUCCAACUUUUCCAUGAAGUUAAUUCAUGGUGAAUAUAUCAUUUGAUUAGUUAUUUACUCUGCAUCGGUCUUUACCUUUUAGUGGGAAAUAGUGAUGGCUCUGGUUACCAAGGGUAUGACGUGAAUAAAAUUAUUCGGUACUUGUGUUAG